UUAUAUUUAUUGGUAUAUUUAUCUAUUCACUAGCAAAGUAAUUGUACAGUUAAUAUUCAAAGUUAUCAAUUGUUAUCAUUAUAAUGUUUGAUUUACUAAAAUCGUGGUAAAAUGGAUGACAUAACCACCUUUCGCUACCGGCGCUCGAACUUGGAUGGGACUCUUGCAAAGUUUGUGGGAAAUCCAGCGAGAAUUACUUUGAACGGCCAUGUAGGAACACAGAGGAGUGAGUUUGACCAAUUAUUAUUAAACCAAUGGACAUCUGCAAUGCAGCAAGGGAUGUUUAGAUACACAUUAGAACAUGUUCAAACCAGAGUUAUUCCUGGUGACAAGCAGUUUAUUGCUCAGUUUAAUGAUAAAAGAACAACAAAGAGAAGAAAACCAUCACCGAUAACUAACAUCAAUGCUGAAAACCUGGUUAUCAUUAACGAUAGUCCUGUUGAUGUUGGUCAUGUUUUAUUAGUACCAAGAAGUAAUCAAGGUCUUCCUCAGGUGUUAACUGAGGAUGCUCUAAGGAUAGCUAUUGACAUGAUGUUACUUAGCAACCAUAGAGGUUUUCGAGUUUGCUGGAACAGUCUUGGAGCAUUGGCAAGYGUCAAUCAUCUUCAUUUCCAUGCAUUCUACUUGGAUUAUCCUCUUCUUGGUGAAARAAUUACUGCAAAACCACUAUCCUGUCAUGGAUGUUUUGAAAUAACAGAAGAGUCUACAAGAGGAUUUGUGUUUCAACUGCAUGAGCAAACCAUGGAUUCUCUCACAAGACUUGUCUUCAAAGUAUCAACAUAUCUGAUAGACAAACAAGUUCCUCACAACAUUUGUAUAACAAGAGGAUACACCUUGUCAUCAAGCACUGACCUUGUGUCAUCAGAAGAGACUCRUGAACAUCAAAAUGAGUCUACUAUAAGAGUGUUUUUAUGGCCUAAGAAAGCAGUGUUUGGUWCAAAGCCCCAAUUUCCUGGAACAUCAGAUGAUAUGGAAGAUCCUCCUUUU